UCUACCUCAUCAUCUUCAAGUUCUAAUAUAUCGGAAAUAUAUUUACUAUAGCACUGGAAUGCCUCCCUCGAAGAAACGAAAAAGUUCUGAUUCUGCGCCUGGUCCCACAACAGUGGCAUUAGGGCCAACUCCAAGUGACCUACUCACACAGAUGCUCAAAUUAACUUCUCCAGAGGCCCUUGUGAAAGUCCUUGAGAGAACUCUUUACCCUACUCUGGACACAUUACCCGCUAAACCUCGUUCAGACAUUGUCGAGGUACUCCAAAAGGCAUUAAAAGACACCGAACGCGUCCACGAACUUCGAACCACCAUUGAAUACGAAACACGUCGGAAGAGUCUUGAAUCUCAGAUCAAAAAUCUUGAGAAGGACGCCAAACGGAAUUGGAAGCACGGAUAUGAAGAACAAGGUGAAAUGAUGUCGGAAAUUGCGACUGAAGUCCUUGAAUGGCUCCCGGAUUUGUGGAGAAUUGGCGUAGAAGAAGGCAUUGAAAUCCAAGCUAUUCAGAGGUGUUUGUCCCUAUGCACGACCAUCAUUCGACGGAUUGAAAAUUGUGGUUCUCGUGCAGAGUUUAGCGACAUGGACUUUGAAUUGACCAUCGAAGACUCAGAUGGUCAAACCAUUUACAAACACAGAUAUCAGCCUGUCAGUGACACCGUUGCAUGGAUGUGGCGCGAACUCUGGAUAUCCGCUUCUGCUUCCCAAUCUCCAUUCGAGGCGGGCAUCCUUGAUGACGUCGAAAGUCUGAAUCUCAAAGACUCUGUGUUGGGACUUAUUCGAACAGGUAAUCUCGUUGAGCAGGAAGAAGGCGACGAGGAUGACGACGAAUAUCAAGAUGCUCAUUGGACUCCCUCCAUGCGUGCUGCCGCUUCUAGGGUCCUAGAUGCCCGUCACGCAGCUCGUCUCGUUGAAUUCAAUACCAAUCUCUCGACAGCUGUGUACAAUACCCUUCUUCAAGAAUCACCGAAAAUCAAACCAAUGUUACUAGAUACCCUGCGCAAACACGUUUUUGGUGCUCAAACUACAAAUUUCUCCUCUAACGUGUAUAGAUCUGCCGCUGAAAUCUUCGCGAAAGAUUCUCCCGACGACCUCCCCAAACUUCACGAUGCCCUUCCAUCUUGGGAAAAAUCCUCUGAUAUCAUGCAGCUAUUUGUCAAGCACUUCUCAACCCAGGAGUCUUCUACGCUUCGUGAAAAGGGAUUGCAAAUUAUUGAACAAGGCUUUUGUGACGCAAGGAGUAGCGUUAUGAGCGAGAUUGAGGACACAUUCCCCGGAUUUGACGAAGCCUAUGAUUGGCUCGAGGAACGAGUUUCUGAAGGAAAAAUUUCUAAAAAAGAACCUCAGCAGAGAUUCGGACCUGAAGCUCGGAAACGAGACGCCUUCAUUGACAAAUUCGAGGAUAUCGCUAUCAGAAAUCGCUAUGGUGAUUCAUACCGCGAAGAAUUUGGAUACUGGGAUGACCGGGAUGUCGGUGUGGACAGCGACGAUAGUGACUAUGAAGAGCAGAUGGAUAUUCGUCAACCUGAUAUGUCGCGCCCAUUCUUGAUUUGGGCUACCGCACUCUGUGAAUGGCCUGAUAAGGAGGAAGCACAGAAGCUCUGGGAAAAAAUGAACUCUUCGGGUGAUGAUGAUAAUUUGCUCUUCAGUGUAGAAGGAGUUGCUGAUUCGCUAGCUGGGAAGUAAGUCGACAUCUUGACUUUGAUCGCUUCGACAUAAUCUUCACAUAUUUGUAACAGAUGCGACUAUGACUAUAAUCAUAACGGUGCAAAGCAAUAUGUUUCGGAUGGGAUCAAGGCCAUGUACAAUGUGUUGCGUUGUCCAGAUCUGAAGGCUUUUUGAGCAUGGCUACACCAAGUCAAAAAAAGUAUCA